GGCACGACUGAGAUUCCCUCAGGUGGAAGGGGGGUCACUGGAGGCAGAACACUGGGGUUAACACGUCCAUAGGAUUGAUCCGAGCUAGUGAGGACCUCAGAGAGCAGAUGAGGUUACUGAGGCCUCAGAGGGAAAUGACCUACCCAGGGUGCCGCAGGGAGGAAAUGUCAGUAAAGUCUUGCAGCCUGUUCUCUGGCUCUGUCCUUUACACUGGGUGGUGCUUUUCUUCAGGUGACACUGUUCCAUUUCCUGGCCUCUGUUUGAGUCUGUCCUCCAGUGCCUGUGCCAAGGUUGACCUUGAUUUUUCCUUUUGUCACUGGCUAGUUUGUCCCAAGAAGACUCCCAGGAGAAAAGGCCAAAGGAGAUGGGUUCCCUGGAGGCCCAGCUGGCUGGCCUGAGGCAGGAGCUGGCGGCUGUCAGCCAAAGACAAGCUGCAGUGGCCAAAGAAAUACACCUUUGGCAAGAAAAGAUGGUGGCCCUGUGCAGUGACGUGGCCUGGCCCAUGAGUCAUGAAUGCCUAUCUUUUAGGAAGUGCAUAAGAUCAUGCAGCAGGCCCUGAAACUCUACAGUGAAGAUCACAUUGAACUGGUGGAUUAUGCCCUGGAGUCCUCAGGGGCCAGCAUCCUCAGUAGCCAAAGCUUAGAGACCUAUGGCACCAGGAUGUCUGUUAUCAGUCUGUUUGGCAUAACCUUGUGGUACCAUUUCCAGAUCCAAAGAGCCAUCCACCAGGUAGGGCUGAACAGAGGUCCCCCAGGUUGGCUCUCUGUCUGCCGUCUCCUCCUUCAUCUGUGGGGGCUGGGCUCUCAAGGCAAGGGGGCCCCAGGAUCCAGAUCUGUUCCAUGUGCUACCACCUUUUACGUGAUUUGUCUUCUGCCCAUAGCCAAAUGUCUACCCUGGCAAGUGCUGGGCAUUUCAGGGCUCCCAGGGCUCCACCUCAUUGCUGUCACCUUGGAGCAUGUGCCCAAAGCCCUGUACCUAAUCAGCAAACAUCACCAGCACUCCCAAAGGCUUUGUCAUCUUGGUGAGUACCUGGACCUUGCAGUUCUUUCUAAAACCGAGGAAAGCCCUUUCUUAACAGCAGCGUUUCGAGGUGAGGAAUGGAAGGAUCUGCCCAUCGUGCAGACGGGACAUCGAGUUUCUUCUCUUGACUCUUUGGGGCCAGCCCUUCUGCUCCUCCCCCUGUUCUUAGGAAGGAGCCAGGAAAAGACAAUGACAGCAGCAAGAACAGCCAAGAUUGUAAUUUGUCUUAGAGUUGGGAAGGGAAGGGGAUCACCUUUUCCUACACAGUCAUCUACUGAGAAGAGAGAUGGAACAUCUACGUAAGGUGGAAUUGGGAGAAAAGAUGGAGCUAGAAGAGGUCAAAUAUGCAAGGGAGAGAGGGAGGUAGUUCCCAGGUGCCUGGCCAGCACACCAACUUCAAGAAGAGUUCCCUCAGGUAAGAAGAGCCAGAGGGAGCCCAAGCCACCUUCUCCAUCACAACUGCCCAUGGCAACCAAGGGCUUCUGCCGCUGCCAUGUGUGCAUUUCUUUCCUGCCUCCAUUUUUGAGUGGAGACAUCACUCUUUUGCUUUCUUUUCCCACAAAGGUGAGAAUUUCCUGUCCUUAGCACUAUCU